AUGCUUAUCCAUGCAUGUACCUUUAACAGGCUGUGUCCCAACUGCAGUGGGGAGUUCUCUUCCAUCGAAGCAGUUGUUCUACAUCUCAAUUCACAGUCUACCUGUUGGCCACACGAAGCACAUCCACAACAAUCGCCCGUUCCUCUUGGGUUGCGAGGUUCACAUCCAUCGACAUCGUACACUACUGGCCAUUUUCAUCCUCACUCUGGAUAUGUGCAGGAAGACCAGUAUAAUUAUCGGCGGGAGGUAAACACUUACUAUCCUUUUCAUGAUGAAGGGGAGUGGGAACUAGCUAGGUUCUUGGUCGAAAACCUGAACCAGAUGCAGAUUGACAAGUUCUUGAAGCUGAAAUGGUUGAACACUCACCCAAAACCGUCCUUCACCUCAAAAGAUCAACUUCUGGACUGGAUGGAUGCUCUACCCUGCUUUGCAGAAUGGAAAGUUUCAAAUCUAGAGUUUACGACAAUUCGUCUCAUCCAACUCAUUUGGCGCGAUGCUUUAGAGGUUGUCAAACAACUUUUCAGCGACCCAGUUUUUGCCAAUCACAUUACCUUUCAGCCACACAUACUCAAUGACUGUCUCCCAUUAGGUGCUACGCAAGUCCCAAUCAUCUUAGGGUCUGAUAAAACUCCCAUGACGAGAACCACCGGGGGGCUUGAGAUGCACUCCAUUUUCAUCACUAUCAGUAAUCUUGAUUCAGAGGUUCACUCUAAGGCCACACUCCAAGCUUGGCGCUGUAUCGCUUACAUGCCCAUCGCUAAGUUUCGUGUGCAUCCCGAUUAUCAAACAAUUCUUCAGGUGCGGUUGUGGCAUAACAUUAUGCCUGAUCCUUCCAGAUUCAUUCAUUAUGUCUUUAUGCCACUUGUCGCUCACGUAUGCAACCUUCCAGAGGCUUCCAUGAUAGCUGCGAUCUCCAAAACAACUGAUGUUUUGGAUCUUGACAAAUUCCAGAAGGCAGCCAAAGCAGUCAAUCUAUCUGGAGUUCACAUGCCAUAUUUGCAUGAUUGGAUAUAUGCAUGCCCAUCUGUCUGUCUCACUGGCAAGAUAUUGCAUACCUGCCUCAAACUUGAUGCUCGCUUCAUCGCUCAGCACAAGCGGGUGGGGACGCACCACUUCACCAAAGGCAUCACACACGUCAACCAAAUGACAGGCCAUGAGCAUCAGGAUAUCCAGUGCACCAUUGUUGCUUCAAUUGCAGGUGCUGCUCCACCUAGAUUUAUUCAUGCACUCCACGCCCUCAUUGAGUUCAUUUAUCUUGCCCAAAUCCAGUUCAUUCUGCAGACACCCUGCUGUCAAUGUUUUAGAGGCACAGUCGAGAGACUGGGCACUUUGAUGCAGUUUUUGGCAGAUAUGACAGAGUGUUUGCUCAUCACUCACUGCAAAGAUCUCUUUGUACAAACAAAUUGGCAGGCCAACGACUUUGUGGAGCAGUCUGAGUUGAUCAAAUUGUUUAAGCUGUAUGUGUUGUUACACUCUCGUGGCGCAUCACUUGUCAAUGUGAUAUCUACUGAAGACGAGGCUGCGACAACUAUCAAUCCAGCGCUCUCCUGGAUUUCUUGUAUUCUCCCUGACAAAAUGCACUCUGUUCAUGGUCCUCGACCAGUUCGCAACCAUUUCCUCAAGGGCAUCCUUUCUGGAGAUGCCCUCACUGCCUUCCAUCUGACACUGACACCGGAUUUUAAAUUUUUGUCACCAACCGAUAUUCAUAGUGUAUAUUCGCUCAUUGACUUUGAUCAUGUGCUCUCUCAGUUCAUAGGACAUUUUUCUUUCUCCACCAGUGAGCAUACCUGCUGGGACCACAGAUACAGGCACUUUAGCACGUGGAAAAAAUUUCGACUGCAACUUCAUUCUGCCUUCCAGCCAUGGCUGAUCAUGCCAAGCAGAGUGGUACAGGCAUAUCCACCUGGUGAAAGUUUCCCCCUCGGAAACUGCAAUAAUGUCCUCAUCAACAUCACAGGCGACGAUGGCCAAAUCACAACUCGUGUUGCACAAGUUCGACUUAUUUUUCAGCCUAAUCUUCCACGUGCUUCUAACCUGAUUCAGUAUUACCACUUUGUUGCCAGUCCUAACGACCACCCUGAACUCGCAAUAUGGACAGUCAAGCGUUCAUAUGUGGAAGACCAACAUGGUAAACACAGAUGUGGUGGUGUGGUCCCAUUGACAAGUGUAACACACACUGUUGAGUUAAUCCCAGAAUAUUGUGAAAAGAUAGAUGAAAAGAUUUCUUUGACCAUUUGUUUAGAGAGCUACGACUGUUUUUUUCUGAACAAUUUCGCAGAUAAGGAGAGUUAUCACACGGUUUGGGAAUGCAUACCUUAG